AUGGUCCUAACAUUGAAGAUAGAUAAGCUAAAAUUAAAAAGCUCAUCCGAGGAGACCUCGAAUGCUGAUGACGCCAAUUGUGCUAAUACGGAUGAUAUUGACGAGGUAGAUGACGAAGGUCAGAACAUUUUGCUUGCAUUAAUUGCUCAAUUGAGACCAGGUAUGGAUUUGACAAGGAUAACUCUUCCUACUUUCAUAUUAGAAAAGAAGUCAAUGCUCGAGAGAAUUACCAAUUUCUUUCAGAUACCUGAUUUAUUGUUUGAAGCCAAUUUCUCAGAGGAUCCGUUAGAUCGGUUCGUAAACAUUCUUAAAUGGUAUUUGGCCAGCUGGCACAUUGCACCGAAAGCAGUAAAGAAGCCAUUGAAUCCUGUUCUAGGCGAGUAUUUUUCAUGUUACUGGGACAAUCUACCCGAAGGUAAAUCGGCCUACUAUAUUGCCGAACAGACCUCCCACCAUCCUCCGAAAUCUUCAUACUUUUAUAUUGUUCCGGAGGAGAAGAUCCGUGUUGACGGAGUUGUUGUCCCAAAGUCAAGAUUCUUAGGAAAUUCUUCCGCUGCGAUAAUGGAAGGUUGUGGGCAUGUAACCUUAGGUAAAUGGGGAAAUGAGUUGUAUACGAUGAGUCAACCCAAUGUCUAUUGUAGAGGUAUCUUGUUCGGAAAAAUGAGAACCGAGUUAGGAGAUCACAUAAAAGUCAGAUGCGAGAAAACCGGAUUUGAAGCUGACAUAGAAUUCAAAACCAAAGGAUUCAUAAGUGGUACGUAUGACGCAAUUGGUGGCAUAAUUAAGGACUCUACCACGUCAGAAGAGUUGUUUUACAUUUCUGGAAAAUGGAACGAUUUGAUGGAGAUAAAGGAUGCAAAAUCGGGCAAAAAAAGAGUUCUUUUUGAUACUAAGAAAUCUGUUAAAGUGAAGCCUAAAGUCAGGCCCAUAGAGGAGCAAUGGGAGUAUGAAUCUCGAAAACUCUGGAAGCCAACAAUCGAUGCGCUUUCGAAGCGAAACCACGAAGUUGCAACAAAGGAAAAGUUCAAAGUAGAGGAUGAGCAACGUGCGAAAGCUAAGACGCGUCUUGAAGACGGGGUUGAAUUUCACCCAAAACUCUUUCGUUUGGUAAGCGAACUGGAACCAAAAGCGGAGGAUCUUGAGUAUAUCAUAUAUAAAAGGUUCAACUUGAAGGACACACCAGAGCUGCUCACACACAAUGUAUUCGACAUUGCUCCUAUUGUUCCAGGUCAAAAGUUUGAAGAAAAAUUUCAUAUACCUGCUUUUAAGAAACACGAUAGCAAUAGCUAG